AUGCACAGAAACGCUCGAGUUGUCGAGAAGUGCAGACAGAAAUGUUGUUUUUCUUCAUAGCUUUCGUUUUUUUGACUUUUCUGAGUGUUUUUCUUUUAUUUUCCUUUAUAACUUUGGUGAGAUACCAAAGCUUUCGAAAGAGAAAAAUUGUUGGUCCAAAGCCAGAAUUUCCGUUCGGAAACACGAGAAAGUCUACUUUAGGAAUUCAAAAUCUUAUUUAUGACGUCGACGACAGUUACCAACUUUACCGCAAUAAAGGACCUUUCUUCGGAUUUUUCUCAAACUUUCGACCAUUUUUGAUCGCAACCGAUCCAGAAUUCAUCAAGUUUGUCACUAUGAAAGAGUUCAACAAGUUCAGAAAUAAUAAUACUGUCAUUAAUCCAACCAAAGAUCCACUUCUAGCUAGAAGUCCUUUCAGACUCAAAGAUGAUGCGUGGAAGUCAAAGAGAAAUGAAACCACGCCAGUGAUGACUCCAAUCAAGCUUAAAGGAAUUUAUCCUUUGGUUCGAGACAAAACUCAACAUCUCAUUGAUUAUAUUAAGAGAGAAAUUGAAGCAGAUGAUACAAAAAUAUUCGAUGCAAGAAAUAUUUGUACUCGUUGCACUUGCGAUACGAUUUCAAGUCUCCUUUUCGAUGUUGAUGCCAAGUCAUUUGAAACUGAUUCGAUUUACUAUAAAAUGGGCGAAGGUCUUAUUAGAGGAGUUAGAAAUGCUGUUAAAAGCAGUAUGCCAUUUAAAAAACUUCCAAAACAAGUUGAAAAUUUCUUUAAAACCACUGCAAUGACAUCUGUGAAGCAACGAGAAGAAAACAAAAUUGAACGAAGUGAUUUACUGGCUUAUUUUAUGUAUCUGAAAGAGAGAAAAGGAAUCAGUGACUUAGACCUUGUUGGACAUUGUACAACCUUCUUUUUGGACGGAUACGAGACAAGCAGCUUAGUCACUCAUCAUAUUUUAUAUGAGCUUGGAAAGCAUCAAGACGUUCAGCAAAAACUUCGCGAAGAAAUCCAACAAGAAGGCGACGAUAUGUCAUAUGAAAAGCUUUUCGAACUUCCUUACCUUGAUCAAGUUUUCAAUGAAGCCUUACGACUUCAUCCACCACUUCCAUUUGCUACGAGGGUUUGUUCCGAAGAUGUCGAAUUUAUAGAUAAACAUGACCAUAAAUUUGAAAUUAAAAAAGGUGACGUAGUUUGGGUUCCACUUCAUUCUGUGCAACGAGAUCCUGAUCACUUUUCAUCCCCAUUGGAAUUUGAUCCCGAACGUUAUAAUCCGGAAAAUGGUGGCACAAAACCUUAUGCAGAACAAGCUGUUUGGAUUCCGUUUGGUGAAGGUCCACGUAAAUGUCCUGGGGUGAAAUUUGGCAACAUGCAAGUGAAAACAGCGAUUGUUGAGGUUGUGAAAAAUUUCAUAGUUUUUGUUGAUGAAUCUACUGUCGAUUCACCCAGAGUUGGUCCAAAAGAAUAUUUCAAUGCUACAGGUGAUAAAAUAUAUUUGAAAUUCAAAAAUGUCAAUGAAAACAUUUAAAGAGAAUUUCAAUAAAAGAUUAAAGGAAAAAAAAAUA